GCUGAACCGGCUGGGACUGGGAGCCUGGGGCGGUUUAGGGACUCAGCCACCAGCCCGCGGGUCGUCUGCCGCUAGCGUCCCUGCUGAUGCGGGGCCCGCGGGCGGAACCCUCGCGGCGGGGCGCACAUUUGACCCCGGAAAACCGCCGGGGACGGCCCACGCUGUGGACGCGAUGGCCACCGCGGACGCAGACAGAGACGCUGCUCGCUCCUUGUGGCUCCGGCAGGGACAAGUUGCUUCCUGAAGGAUCCGUGUGUACUGUUCAAAACACAAUCAGAAAAGCGUCCACAGCUAGAUGGCCCACAUCUUCGUGUAUGGCACCCUGAAACGAGGCCAGCCCAACCACAAAGUCAUGCUGGACCAGUCACAUGGCUCAGCAGCCUUCCGAGGCCAGGGCUGCACAGUUGAGUCCUUCCCACUGGUGAUUGCUGGCGAGCACAACAUACCAUGGCUGCUUCACCUGCCAGGCAAGGGCCACUGUGUGGCAGGUGAGAUCUACAAGGUAGAUGAACAGAUGUUGCGUUUCCUGGAUGACUUCGAAGGCUGCCCCAACAUGUACCAGCGCACAGCCCUGCAAGUGCGGGUGCUUGAGUGGGAGGGUGCUAGUGGCCCUGGGGACAGCCUCCAGUGCUUCGUGUACAGUACGGCCACCUACGCACCUGAGUGGAUACAUCUCCCCUACCAUAAAAGCUAUGAUUCCGAGGGCCCACAUGGGCUACGCUACAACCCUCGGGAAAACAGGUGAGGGGCGAAUGCCCCGGAUGCUAACAGGAUGGAAGAAGCCCAGUGGCUGCCUGGCAUAAGCAGAGCUUUCCUGGCUUAACAUCUGUCUAUAAAACAUGUUGACAAAAGGUCUCGACACAAAUUUUGCACAUACUCUGAUGUUACUUACUAUUGCUUGCUAUUCAAGGAGCUCCUGAGUCUGCAGGUACUAGAUGAGAAACACUCUGGGCUGAAGUCCCCUAAAUGUCAGUUACAGAGCAUCUGGUAUUCCUUUUUUGAUUUGCUUUGCUCUAACCUUAAGUCGGCAUCUUCUGUGACUAAAGACCUGGCUGCAGUUAGAUCUCAGAACCUAAUGUAUUGAUUCCCACACCUUUAAUCCCAGCACUCAGGAGGCAGAGCCAGGUGGAUCUCUGUGAGUUCAAGGCCAGCCUGGUCUACAGAGCGAGAUCCAGGACAGGCACCAAAACUACAGAGAAACUCUGUCUUGAAAAAAGGAAAAAAAAAUGGUGGGAAAUGCUGGUUUGGGGAGGCUCGAUGGAAACCACCUUCGAGAAAAGCCUGCUGCACCCAGACUGUGUACUCCAUCACUCUUCCAGUUUCCAGAUCACACACAAACUAUUAAAACAGCCAUUAAAACAUAA